AUGCAGUCAGCUGACUCUGAGCACUUGCUUAAGCAAUUUGAUUCUGAUUUAGAAAAAACAUUACCGAAAGUACACAAAAGGUCAACAUCUAAACCAAAGUCACCAAAAAGUCACAAAAAGACACCAAAAGGCGUAUAUUAUCAUAAAGAUUUGCAAGAUGAAGCUGAAGAGGUCUGGGGUAUAAGGCAAGCAUAUGAAAAGGAGGUAUUACGUGAGAAAUAUGCGAAACAAAAAUACAAGGAAGAUAUUCGCGCUUUUAGGGAAAAGUUAGAUAAUUAUAACAGAGGAAUCAUUCGAAAACGUCUGACGCAUCAUGUAGUGGAAUUAGGGUUUAGACCUAGAUCUGGGAGAGCCCUUGUGACAACUAUUGGAAUAUAUGUGCUCAAUUUUAUACUUAAGCUAUGUGCUUGGCUUUAUACUGGAUCAUAUAGUUUGUUCAGUGAAUGUGUCCACACUUUUGCGAACACUAUUAAUCUAGUUAUUUUUGCGUAUGGAAUCCGUAAAUCUGUGCACACUAUGUACUCGGACUGCCCAUAUUAUGGUAAAACACUUUGGCGUUACGCGUCAUUUUCGAUACACGGUGCCGGUAUACUUUACAUUUGCAGUGGUCUAUCCUUUUACCAUGCAGUAGUUGGCAUUAUGGACCCACAGCCUCCCCACAGCUUUCUUUGGGCAUAUUUGGUUCUUAGUGAAGCAUUUGUGUCGGAGUUUGCAACAUUUUUAAUGACUUCACAUGCCAUAUGGAAGGAUUUUAUAGCGGCCGACAUAGUCUUGACUAAUGGUAAAGCCAUUGCCGGAGUUGUGGUGGCAGGAAUUUCUAUAGCCAUUUCCCAAUAUAAUGGCAACCCAGUCCUUGAUGCCAUUGGAAGCCUAAUAAUCGGAACAAUAAUGAUUGGGGUUGCCACAUCUAUUAUUUUUAGGAAUGUCCGAUCCGUUGUUGGCAGAUCAAUCCCGCGGUAUGAGUUAGAAUUAAUUAACCGUGCUUUGGCGUCAGAUAUCAUGAUUGGAGCUAUUCAUGACAUUAAGGGUAUGGAAAUCGGUUGUAACGUAAUGCGAUACAAAGCGGAAGUUGAUUUUAACGGCAGAGAAGUGACACGGUCUUAUAUAGAGAAACACGGCCUAACACUGCUAUGGAAGGAGAUACUAGGUAUUGGGAGUAUUAAUGAAGCACAUGACUUUCUACUAGAACAUGGUGAAAAUAUUGUAAAUUCGUUAGGCGAGGAGGUGGACAGAAUAAAAUUGAUGUUACGGAAACGGUUUAAGACAAUUCGACACUGCAAUUUGGAGUUUUGUAAUUCAAUGUCGGGAUGUUGUCCUGCAAGAUCCUCUUCAAAU